AGGAAAGCACACACAGGACUCACUUUCACAGAAGAGGCAAGCAGCCAACUGGACUGAACAGUUAAUCAUGUACAACUUGACUGUAACAGUUGCAGUGGGCAACCAAAUGACUUAAUAGUAGCACUAAAGAAAGCAUAACUUGAUUGAGCCUCGUGGAAAGUGAUUAGUUUUUUGAUUAGAUGCUUAAAAGAAACCGGUAUAGUAAAGCGAAUUUAGUUUGUUUUUAUAUAAAUAUAAAUCUUAAUAUACAGUCGCUGUUCCACACUCCAGUCCAGUAGGUGGCGGCAAUAAUGCACCCACAAACUGGUUGCCAACCGCCAAUAAACUCGAAAGAAGAAGAUUAAAAACUAGUUGCAAAAGUUUGUCUUUUAAAUCUUGCUGUUGGAUUUUAUAGUGUCUACGCGAGUGGAUACUGUAGAUAUCAGUUAGGACUGAUUAAAAGUAUUAAAACACCGAGUUCAUUGUGAAAAUGACAGCAAAAUAUUUUAAGACCCAGGGUAGCAUGUGACAAAGCAGGGUAUUCUCUUGUGUUUUAAAAGGAAAACUCCGCCCAACCGGACAGCCCGGUGGAGGAAACCGAGCGAACAUCGCCGCCGCGCGGCCAGCCUGAGCUGUCAGCUGAAGCAGGAGCCGAGUACCAACCAGCUCGACAGAGACACCCGGAAGGCACGAAAGUCAAUUUCAGAGAGCAGCAUGAAUCGCUUUAAGACCUCGAAAUUCAAAAACACCUCUCCGAAAAUUGCCAAGAAAGAUGAAUGGAUCAACAAUGUUCGUGGUGGCUCCUUCUCCUGCCAGGGGAACCACAUCAAAGCCAGCUCCAAGCUGGUGGCCUUUAACACCGAGCAGGCCGGUGGAGGUAUGCUGGGCCUGUCUUCAAUCAAACCUGGUCCAGAUGGCCAAUGGACAGUCACCCAGAUUUCCUGCCAUUCUGAUCUGGUCACUGAUAUGGACUUUUCUCCUUUUGAUGAGAGUCUCCUGGCAACAUGCUCUGGAGAUGAAACGGUGAAACUGUGGCGUUUGUGUGAUCCAGAGGUGGAGCAGCCCAGCGCGCCGGAGCUGACUCUUUGCCCCGGUCAGGGCAGGCUGGAGCUGGUGGUCUUCCACCCUACCUCCUCAGGUUUGCUGGCCGUCAGCACGGCCAAGUCACCCCUCAUUUGGGACACCAGCCGCCAGGAUUCACCGCUAGCAGUUCUGGAGCAGCACGGUGAUCAGCUGCAGAGUCUGAGCUGGAAACAGGACGGCUCCCUGCUGGCUUCCUCCUGCAAGGACAAGAUGCUGCGAGUGUUUGACCCCCGAGCCCAGCUGACACCUGUUCAGAGUGCCAAGGGCCUUCAGCACAACAAGGACUCACGCAUCCUGUGGACCAAAGAUGACUUUUUACUGACCACCGGCUUUGAUAUGAUGCGUAGCCGGGAGGUGAGGCUUUGGGACAGCAGAAAAUUGAGCUCUUCGGUCAGCUCCGUGUCACUCGGCACUUCCAGCGGGACGCUGAUCCCUCUGUUUGAUGACGACACUGGUCUGCUCAUACUGGCUGGCAUGGGAGACACUGUGGUUGAUUGCUUUGAAGUCUCUGCCUCGGAGCCUUUCCUCUCUCAAGUGAGCCACUGUCUGACCGAUGUCUCGACACGAGGGGUUGCCAUGGUACCCAAGCUGGCAUUGGAUGUCAUGUCCUGCGAAGUGAUGCGUGUGCUUCAGCUGACAGACAGUUGCAUUGUGCCAAUCAGUUAUCAAGUCCCUCGCAAGAAUUCAGGCCAGGAGUUUCAUGCAGACCUUUACCCAGACACAGUGGGCACAACACCGGCUAUGUCUGCUGACGAGUGGUGGCAGGGAGGGAACAAGCAGGUGGAGAAAGUCAGCCUCCAGCCAGACAAACGGCCCAAACCCAAGGCUCCACCAGCCAGUAAGACACCUGCAAAGAAGGAACUGGCCAGUGGGGGGAGCAAGGAGGAUCCGGCACGUGGCUGCUCCAUCUCCAGCAGUCCUCUCAGCACUCCAAGCAGCAGCGCUGCCCCGUCCCGCUCUCCCUCCUCCACCUCCGGCCUCUCCUCAGGCUUCCUCCCCUCCCCCAGUCCCAGCCAGAAUGCCAAGACUAUCCAAAGCCUGCUGGGGCCAACCUCCAAGUUCCGUCACAUCCAGGGUGCAGUGAUGCACAGAGACACACACAUCACCAACAUACGAGGCCUCAACCUGACUACACCGGGCGAGUCUGACGGCUUCUGUGUCAACCGUCAACGUGUGGCAGUGCCCCUCGCCAUCUCCGGGGGCCAGAUCGCCAUCCUUGAGCGUGCUCAGCCAGGCAGGCUGCCAGACACAGCUUUCCCCACCAUCCAAAACUCUGUGAAUGUGUCUGACCUCUGUUGGGAUCCCUUCAACACACAACGGCUCGCUGUGGCUGGUGAUGAUGCAAAGAUCCGGGUGUGGCAGGUACCAGAGGGAGGGCUGAAAGAGACCCUGACUGAGCCUGACCUCAUCUUGCAAGGCCACUUGGAGAAAAUCUACUCCAUCAAGUACCACCCUUUGGCCAGUGGACUCCUGGUAUCUUCCUCAUAUGAUCUCACAGUCAGACUGUGGAACCUGGAGAGCGGAGAGCAGGUCAAGCUCCUCACUGGACACGAGGACCAGGUUUUUGGCAUGGCUUGGAGCCCAGAUGGCAAGCUCCUGGCCACAGUGUGCAAAGAUGGGAAAGUUCGCAUCUAUGACCCUCGCAAGUCCACUUCACCUGUGCAGGAGGGUCCAGGUCCUGAGGGCCACAGAGGAGCUCGUGUGGUGUGGGUGUGUGAGGGCAAAUACCUGCUUGUGUCAGGAUUUGACAGUCGCAGCGAGAGAGUACUCUACCUGUAUUCUGCUGAAUCCCUGUCCUCCGGAGCCAUAGCCAGCACUUCUGUGGACGUCUCCCCCUCCACACUCAUCCCUUUUUACGACCCCGACACCAGUGUGGUCAUCCUCACUGGAAAAGGCGACACCCGAGUGCACAUUUAUGAGCUGGUCCCUGAGACUCCCUACUUUGUUGAUUGCAGCAGUUUUAACUCUCCUGAGCCACAUAAGGGCUUGGCCUUUCUUCCCAAGACAGAGUGUAAUGUGCGUGAUGUGGAGAUAGCUAUGGGACUAAUGCUCACCAAGACAACCAUAGAGCCGGUGGCCUUCAGAGUGCCACGUGUCAAGAAAGAGUUUUUCCAGGAUGAUGUGUACUCAGACACAGCAGUGUGGUGGGAACCGGCACUGACCGCCUCUGCCUGGCUCUCUGGCUCCAACGGUCAACACAAAAAGAUCAGCCUGAAGCCUAAAGACAUGACGCCAGUGAGUGAGGCCCCCAAAGAGGCUCCAGUGAGGAAGUACCUGCCCUCGUCUGUUUACCUGGAGGAGAAGACUGAUGAACAGAAGAAAGAGGAGCUGCUGAGCGCCAUGGUGGCCAAGUUGGGAAACAUGGAUGACCCGCUGCCACAGGAGUCCUUCGAGGGGGUCGACGAGGACGAGUGGGAUGACUAGAGGGGACGUCGCCUUCCUUUGCUUCAGUCAUGGUGCCAACGACAGAGGAGAGACCAGCCAGAGUCACUCGUGUGUGCUGUGCCACCCAGUCGUCCUCUUGAGCUUUAUCAGCUACAUCUCAGCCUUCCUGCACACUCAAAGAAUACUGUACAAUGUAAAAGUCUAAACGGUUUAAAAAAAAAAAUCACAAUAACUAAAACCUCUGAUAUCAGGCGUGUAUGUAUCACAAUAUGUUUGGGUUUUGAAAAUCAAAUGUCACAUUGUCAAGCUGAUGUUCAUCAUAUCAGACUGCAUGAAAUUUGAUAUGAAAAUCAUUUUCAGCUGGAAUUUAUAAAUAUUUAAAAUCAUAUUCUGGGAUAAAUCUGACUAAUUGGUUUGUUACUAUAAAAUGAUGUCACACUAUUCACAGUAUUUAGAAAAAAAUCCACAAUACAAGAUGAUACAACAAUAAAUACCAGACAAUUCUUGUCCAUUGAUUUGUAUAAUAUAGUUCCAGUCAACAGAUAAAUAACCAUUCCAAGUCAAUGAAAACUGCAGGUAACCAAAGCAAUAAUACUUCUGCUCUCAUGUUACAUUACCAGUUAACUCUUAAUCAUGGGUUACACUGUCUACAAACAAGCAAACUUUUUUUUUUUUUAAAAACUGGAUGAUGAUUUGAGCACAGCUUCUAUUCGUGUCCGUGGUAUGUGGUCAUGCUAUGAGCAUGAUAGUUCACUCUGGUGUCUUAAUAUUUAAAAAAUAAUGGUUUUAUGCUUGUGCCCAUUGUGCUAUUUUCUGAUAACGGGAUACCAGGUUGUGAAUUGUUGUGUACAAAGUUGUUAUCCGUGUGCACAUUUACCUCCAUAGUGGACCACUGCUUGCUUUUUUCCUACUGGUCAGUCAUGUGAGCACGCUCAGUCAGAUUGUGUCUUUGAAUAAUGUAAUGUGGAUCUUGAACAUCAUGCAUCUGAUGUAAAAAACCUUGUCUUCCUGUUUGUUCAGGUAAAACACACACACACACACACACGAUUACUGUAACAUGUUCAAGCCUUCAGAUGCAAACACCACAGUGAGGAUACAACAGGGUCACCAGUGUUCAUGUUUGGCCUUGAACUGGAAUUUCUUAUGACAACAACAUAAAGUUCACUUUUCUUUGUUAUCAAAUGUUAGAAUAACGCCAUUUGAACAUGAUAAUGUGUUAUUGUAUUUGUGCCAGUUAGAUUUAUUUGAAUAUUUUGACAUCUAGGAAUAGAAUAGUAAUAAGUAGGGGUUAAAGGUCAAUUAUAAUGAGAUGUUUUCGUCUUUUGGUUGUUAUGCAUUGAAAGCCAAACCACCUCCUUUUUGGAGUUUUAAAGGGGCCUUUGUACACUUAAAGAUGAUUGUUUCUCUUAGUUUCUUGUUUGCUGGACUUUUAAUCAUGAUCUUUGUCGGUUUUCAGACUGUUUGGGGGGUAUUCCUCACUUAAAUGAGCUAAUUUUCUUAUCCGAUGUUUAUUAGUAGUAUUCAAUCACGGUGUGUAUGAAACAAUAACAUUACAGUAUUAAUAACUUACAAUGCAGCCAUAACAGCCAUCAUGUAAUUCCUAAUCAGGGCUAUAGCAAUAUCAUCAUUUAUCCAGGCUUGAACCAACCGAGUUUGUUUACAACCUCUGAUGGACUGAAAUAAACCAACCAAUUCAGCCACGCAUGGUCAUGCGCAUCAUGUUGUACACAUGAACUGCAGGUGUCGUCAGUGUUUGUGUGAUGAUGUGUACUGUAUGUGCUUGUGAUUCUCAAACGCCAUACUUUGUAAUUUUUGGAUAUUAACCUGCCUUCCAUUGUGUAAAAAAAAGAAACUUCCUUUUUAUACAGUGAGUAAAGCAUUGUUUGUUUUUUACUGUCUUACUUGAGUAAUGGUUUGUGGAUUUUUUUUUUCAAUAUUGUCUCGCAAAAUAAACACCUUUCGAAUCCAUUAA